AUGCUGGGAGCCAAUCACUCAGCAGUGUCUGAAUUCAUCCUCAUUGGCUUCUCUGCCUUCCCUCGACAACUCAUACCAGCUUUCUUCGUGCUGUUCUUGCUGAUGUACCUGUUCACGCUGCUAGGAAACCUUGUCAUCAUGCUCACCAUCUGGAGUGAGCACAGCCUCCACACACCCAUGUACUUCUUCCUGUGUGCCCUCUCCAUCUCUGAGAUCUUCUACACCUUUGCCAUCAUCCCUCGCAUGCUGGUUGAUCUGCUCUCCACUCAUCCUACCAUUUCCUUCAUGGCCUGUGCCACCCAGAUGUUCUUCUCCUUCACAUUUGGCUUCACUCACUCUUUCCUACUCACUGUCAUGGGCUAUGACCGCUAUGUGGCCAUCUGCCAUCCCUUGCGCUACAAUGUUCUCAUGAGUCCCCAGGGCUGCACCUGCCUGGUGGCCUGCUCCUGGGCUGGAGGUUCUGUCAUGGGGAUGGUGGUGACAACAGCUAUUUUCAGCCUCAACUUCUGUGGACCCAAUGAGGUCCAUCAUUUCUUUUGCCAUGUACCUCCACUUGUGAAACUGGCCUGUGGAGCGAAUGUGUCUUUUGUGGCCAAGGGUGUGGGCUUAGUAUGUAUCACAGCUCUAUUGACUUGCUUUUUCCUGAUCCUCCUCUCCUACGCCUUUAUUGUGGCUACCAUCUUGAAAAUCCCAUCUGCUGAGGGAAGGCACAAAGCCUUCUCCACCUGUGCAUCUCACCUUAUUGUAGUCGUUGUGCAUUAUGGUUUUGCCUCUGUCAUCUACCUCAAGCCCAAAGGUCCUCAAUCUCUGGGAGGUGACACUCUCAUGGGUACUACCUACACAGUCCUCACACCCUUUCUCAGCCCCAUUAUCUUCAGUCUCAGGAACAAGGAGCUAAAGAAUGCCCUGAAGAAGACUUUCCUCAGCAAACUCAGUCCAGAAAAACUGUGA